AUGUCGGGCUUUCGUCGAUCACGUCAAGGCCAUGUAGAUGGCUUCACGCCAGACUCGUCACCAGCGAAAGAAGAAGACGUCGUCAUCGAUCCCAACCUGUACGGACCCUUUGGGCACCGCUAUCACGAGUCGUCCAUCGCUUUUGGGCAGCAUACACAGGCCGAUCCGGCCGUCACAGGCUGGCAUGAGGUCGAGACGACAGAGCAGCAUCUCCAGCACGCUGACAUUGUCCCAGCCGACACGGUCAUCCCACUUCUGCCCUACGAAUCAAACAACUCGACCUCCGCCUUCGUAGCGAAUGCUGCACCCAUGGCGACCAUCUACAGCCAAGACAGCAGAUUCACCUACGAGACGGACGAAAAGUCGAGAGCUUCCACCAGCUUCACGCAUCUCCGUCGAAGGUCGAAGCCGGUCAAUCGCAUUUCACAUACGGCAAGCUUGUUCGAUGCAGUACACGGGAAAAGCCAUACCAAAGCAUCUCACAAGCCACACGUCGAGACGCACGGCGAUGACGUUCCCAUCACGUUCCGACACCUUCUCAAGCGUCCAGUCAUCCGUCAGUGGCUGCACGGCAACAAACUCUUUCGCGAAAAAGAAGAGCGCAAGCCGAGCCAGUUCGAGCUGGUCUUUGACCUCAUCUUUGUCGCUGUGGUCAACAAGCUCGGUCACACCACCGCGGAAAGCAGCUCGGCGAUCAACGCGCUCAAGUUCGUGCUCUCCUUCUGGCCGUGCUUUUCGAUUUGGACCGACGUGAGGCUGUUCCUCAACACCAGCGGUACGGAUGAUAUUCUGGAGCGUAUGUUGCUGCUCGGGUGGAUGAUCUUGCUGGGAGGAUACAUGGCCAACAUUUCAGGUGUCGAGCUCGUCAAAGCUACGCCGGAGAUGCUGGCGGCGUUUCAACAAGAAUUGCUCAAAGGAGACACACCUAACCAGCUCGAGGGACACAGCGUUGCCGAUGAGCUCAAGAGCAUCUUCCGUCGAGCUGCGAGCGCCGAGACCAGUCUCGAGCCUGUCAAGCUUGCAGCCCCUGCCUUCAACGGCUACUGGUUUGUUGACGGGUACGACCGCGCCAUCCACGCAGGCAUUGGUUUCUUCCUCGUCGCUAAGCUCUGGAGGCUCGGCAUCUACAUCUACUACGGCUUUUGCCUGCCCAAGUUUCGCAGGGCGCUCUGGCUCAAUGCGCUUGCGCUCACUGUGGUCGCUGCGACCUAUGUACCCAUCUGCCUGACUUCGGACCCGCUGUACAUUCUCAUCCUCCUCUGCUCUGGGAUCCUUGUCGAGCUCCUUCGGCCGUACAUCACGGCUGCGGCCAUCCAGCUGAUUCACGGGCGUCAGAAGCGGACGGGCAACCAUAUGUUCAUCCCCGCCCAGUCGCACGAGCAUUCGAUCGAACGGUACGUCUUGUUCGUCAUCCUCAUCGUCGGCGAGUCUAUCAUCAGCAGCAACUUCACGGCGACGCCUGGGCAUUAUGGGAUCAACGACGAAUUUGGACGCGCUGCGUUGGGGAUUUCCAUCAGCGUGUUGGUCAUUUGGAUCUACUACGAUGCCGACGGGUCACGCGUCUUCCAGCAUGCUCUGCGCCGCAACUCGUUCACAAGCAUCACCUUCAGCCACAUCCAUUACCCGCUGACAGCAGCGCUGGUGCUCAUGGCCGCGUCUCUAUCGUCGCUCAUCUCACACCGGAGGCUCCAGGGUGGAUACCUGUGGUACUUCGGCGGUUCGACAUCGUGUGUCAUGCUGUGUCUUGGGUUGAUCGGAUGCAUGCAUCGAAACCUUGACGUCCACGGAUCGACGCUGAUACCGAGGUCGAUCCGGAUCGGAGCCCGGUUCCUGCUAGCGAUCGAGUUCGCGCUGCUUCCGCUCAAGAUAGACUGGCUUUCGCUGGAGGUGAUGGGCGUCGUCACGGGUAGCCUCUUGUUCCUGGUGCUCUUCGAGACGCUGAGCAAGAUCGGUGCGGUGGGGCGCAGGUACGACGCCGAGAAGACAAAAGAGCUGUAUUCGGGGAUCGCAUUCAGUGGGCAGAAGGCGUUGAAGCUGGACAGGCGCAGCAGCUGGCAUCCGUUCGACGACCUGACGGCGGGCGAAAAGGGAGAGGAGGACGUCGGCAUCGAGUCCGAGAUCGGACAUCUGGAGGAGAAGGACUUGGCUUAUGGCCAGCGGUGGGCGUAUGCCGCAUAG